AUGUGUUUCCCGCUCCAUUUCCCCGGUCACGGCCCGUUUUCACCAGCCCCGUCUCCAGUUUCCAGAAGUCACGUCAUAUUCAUGGAACUGAUCUGGUGCCUCGUAUGCGAUUACAAGGCCAGGGCCCACGCGCCAAUUUUCAAGGAAUUUUCCUCAUUUUCAAAUUCAAAAACUAAAAAAAUUAAACCCUCUUCUUCUGCUGCGAGAUGCCAUCGGAUCAGGGCUUCUCUGGACUUUCCUUUUUCCAUGUGUGGCGGCAAUUUUGUUCUCUCCAAGUACUGGAAAUGUCACAAAACAACCGCUAGAACAACCAAAAAAAAAAAAAGACCACCAAACCAAACUCGCCAAAUUCACUCAAGCUCCAAUCCAAACCCCCGAUUUCCUCCUCCCCAAUCCACCCUGGUGGUGGUGGUGCAACCCCGCAUAUAUUGGCCAAUGGCUAAUACUGCAUUGACACCCUGA